GUCACAUGGACUCCAACAUAGUGCUUUUUCGUCGGUAGACAGAAUGAAACAUAUUAUUAGUGUUUAGCUGUGAUUUAGUGAUGAGAAGUGCAGUAUGGGUCAUACUGAGGGCCGCUCAGCAGGCGCAGGGAUGUCAGGGGCAGCUGCUGCUGUGUGUACGAGAUAUUGAAUGUCCAUAACAAUACUGCCCAGCCUCCCUCUGUAUGUCUCUCUCUCUCUCUCUCUUUUCCUCUGAAAGGUGGUUCACUGGACUAGCUGCAACAGCAACAACUUGAGACCGCAAAAAAAAAUCUCGGUAUCUUUUUCAUUUUUGCCUGUGAGAAUAAAAGUCGAAUAAAAAGGUCGAAAGGAAAUAUUUGCAAAACACAAAGACUGAGGAGAUUUACAUCUAAAGGCUAUAUAUAUAUAUAUGUAUAUGCACAGACAGGUAAAUAUGUAUAAUAUUGCUUUCAACUAUUUACUAACUGGUUUAAAAUGUGGCCACAUGAGAACAAUUAUUAUUUCAACUGUCUGAAAAAGUGUGUUUCCUGCAAAAUGUUUACAUGUAUGCAGUUAUGGACUAAAUAUGAUUCUGAGAGAAGGCUGAGACUACAUUUGUCUUCAAUGCAUACAGUGUGUGUGUGGACUGUGAAGCAGAGACAUGAGUAUAGAUGAAGACACACGCUGGCUGGAAUGGGUCACCAAGCAGUUUGAGAGCAUUGCAGGAGAUGAUAAAGAAAUCGACUUGGAUGAGUUUAAAACAGCUCUGAAAGUAAAAGAGUCAUUUUUUGCGGAGAGGUUUUUCGCCUUGUUUGACUCUGAUGGCAGCAGCUCCAUCAGUCUGGAUGAACUUCUCGAGGCUUUAGAUCUUCUGAUCCAUGGCAGUGAGACAGACAAACUACGCUUCCUCUUCCAGGUCUACGAUGUGGAUGGCAGUGGUUCCAUAGACCCAGAUGAGUUACGUACGGUUCUGAAAUCCUGUCUGCGUGAGAGUGCGAUCUCACUCCCUGAGGAAAAGCUGGAUGACCUGACGCUGGCACUGUUCGAAUCUGCUGAUCAAGAUAACAGUGGCUCCAUCACGUUUGAAGAGCUGAAGGCAGAGCUGGAGAACUUUCCUGAAGUUAUGGAGAACCUCACCAUCAGUGCCGCCAACUGGCUGAAACCUCCUGAUCUGGAGCAGAAGAAAAGCAAGACUCCUCGUUACCUGACGCGGGCGUACUGGCACAACAACAGCCGCAAGCUGUUCUUCCUCUGCCUGUACGCUCUCCUGAAUGUGCUCCUCUUCAUCAUCGCUAUGCUGAAGAACGCACAUGGAGGCCCCUGGUUCAUGGUGGCCAAGGGCUGCGGCCAGUGUCUCAACCUCAACUGCACUUUUGUUAUAGUGCUGAUGUUGAGGCGUUGUCUGACGUGGCUACGUGCUACCUGGGUGGUGAGGGUCUUCCCUUUGGACCAGAACAUUCUACUGCAUCAGAUCGUGGGCUACGCCGUCUUGAUCUUCACCAUUGGGCACACUGGUGCUCACGUCAUGAACUUUGCCCGAAUGUCUCAGGAUGAUGGCAUGUACCAGCUGUGGGAGUAUCUUUUCACCAUCCGUCCUGGGAUUGGCUGGGUCAACGGCACCGCCUCCAUUACGGGCGUGGUUCUGCAGGUUCUCAUCUGCUUGAUGGUGGUGUGCUCCAGCACGUUCGUCAGACGCAGUGGUCAUUUUGAGGUGUUCUACUGGUCUCAUCUUUCCUACGUCUGGGUUUGGGCCCUGUUGAUCGUCCACUGUGCCAACUUUUGGAAAUGGUUUGUGGCACCAGGACUGAUGUUCCUCAUUGAGAAACUUGUUGGAAUAGCAGUGUCCCGCAUAGGUGGGCUGUACAUAGUUGAAGUCAACUUACUGCCCUCAAAGGUAACACAUUUGGUGAUCAAGAGGCCUCCAUUCUUUCACUUUAAACCUGGAGAUUAUGUGUAUAUAAACAUUCCUGUUAUCGCCAAGUAUGAGUGGCAUCCGUUUACCAUCAGCAGCGCUCCUGAGCAGCAAGAUACGCUGUGGCUCCAUAUCCGUUCCAUGGGCCAGUGGACAAACCGCCUGUACGAGUAUUUCAGACAGCCGGAGAGUCAAACCAUUAGCAACAAGAGGCUCACCGCCAGCCUGAGGAACAGACGCCACGAGAGCAGGACGCAGAAUGAAAUGUUCAAGUCUGCAAGCUGCAACAAUACUGUGGCGUCUAAUAAGGAUGAUGCUGUUGAACUGACCCUAUACCGGACAAGCGGAACACACACAAACUCCCAGAAGCCCGUCAGUGACCCAGUAGCCCAGGCAGAACUGGGAGACGCCUCUCCGGCUACAAGAGAACUUACAGCAAAAUUAAGUGAAAAUCACAGAUAUUGUAACAUUAAGUGCUAUGUGGACGGACCUUUUGGCACCCCGACUCGGCAGAUCUUUGCAUCUGAGCAUGCGGUGCUUAUCGGCGCUGGAAUCGGCAUCACUCCCUUUGCAUCCAUUUUGCAGAGUAUUAUGUGCCGUUAUCGCAUGAGAAAGCAAAACUGCCCCAACUGCAACUAUUCCUGGUGUGAAACCAUCAAAGACAAUGAAAUGAAACUGAGGAAGGUGGACUUCAUUUGGAUCAACCGAGAUCAGAAAUCCUUUGAGUGGUUUGUGAGUCUCUUGACCAAGCUGGAGAUGGACCAGGCAGAUGAAGAGCCAGAGGGCCGUUUUUUGGAGAUGCACAUGUACAUGACUUCAGCCCUCAGUAAGAAUGAUAUGAAGGCCAUAGGUCUACAGAUGGCUCUGGACCUACUGGCCAAGAAAGAGAAGAGAGAUUCCAUCACCGGCCUGCGCACACGUACACAGCCAGGCAGACCAGAUUGGGCCAAGGUUUUCCAGAAAGUGUCUGAAGAAAAGAAAGGAAAGGUUCAUGUUUUUUAUUGUGGUUCUCCUGCUCUUGCCAAAGUCAUCAAGGCACAGUGUGAGCAUUUUGGCUUCAACUUCUACAAAGAAAAUUUCUGAAGAAUUUACAAUAUUUCAUUUGCUUGAAAUCCUACAAAUAAUAACACAAUCAUCUGACAAUCGGAUCUUGCCGAUGUGUCUGAUGUUGUACGUUUUGUAAAUCUUGUGUUGUUGUAUGCUUUAAUUUAUUUGUAGUGUUUGUGUAAGUAACCUUUUAACACUUUUAAUGAAAUUGUAUAUGUUUGUUUUUUUUCUUUUAUGAAUUUUAGAAAUGCCCUUUCUGGU